AUGCCUUUUGGUCAAAUCGUCGUAGGACCACCGGGAUCUGGGAAAACCACUUACUGUUGGGGUGCAUACCAGUACUUGACUGCCAUUGGAAGGAAAGUGGCCAUUGUAAAUCUGGAUCCUGCCAAUGAGCAUAUACCCUAUCCUUGUGCUGUCAAUGUGGCCGAUCUGAUUACGCUGGACGAUACAAUGCAGGAGCUUGGACUUGGACCUAACGGUGGUAUCAUGUUUUGCUUGGAGUAUCUAUUGGAGAACAUUGACUGGCUUACCGACAAGCUUGAGGAACUCAAGGAUCAUUACAUUCUCUUUGAUUAUCCUGGACAAGUGGAACUAUUCACACAUCACACAGCUGUCAAGCAGAUCUUGGAGAAGUUACAAAAGCUGGAUUAUCGACUUGUAGCCGUUCAUCUCGUGGAUGCACAUUACUGCACAGACCCAUCAAAGUACAUUUCCGUGCUAUUGUUAUCUCUCAAGACAAUGAUCCAACUUGAAUUGCCCCAUGUGAAUGUAUUAUCCAAGAUUGAUUUGAUCGAAUCCUAUGGAAAACUAAAGUUCAAUUUGGAUUACUAUACGGAUGUGAUGGAUCUUUCUUAUUUGCAAGAGACACUCAACGAUGACCCAUUUGGAUCGAAAUUCAAGGCAUUGAACGCAGCAUUGUGUGAGCUCAUUGAGGAUUUCUCACUUGUGGGAUUCUAUACAUUAUGCGUGGAAGACAAGGAUUCGAUGACCAAGAUACAACAAGUCAUCGAUAAGGCGGGAGGAUUUGUAUUUGGUGGAUUGACGCAAGGCAAUGAAUCAAUCAUGCUAUCAGCAAUGAAAUCAGGAUACCACGAAGACGUCAAGGACAUACAAGAGCGGUGGAUCGAUUCACAGUAUGAUCAAGAGGACCCUGACUUUGGUCGUCAGUAG